AUGCAGCUAACACCCGAGUCGACCGUGCUGGACAUGGGCUGUGGCAAGGGCCAGGCAUGUGUGGAUGUGGCACGCACUGCAGGUUGCAGUGUGGUGGGCGUCGAUCUCUCCAGCACGAACAUCGCAAGGGCCAAUGAGCUGAAGUCGCAGAAUCCAGACCUGAGGUUAGACUUCUUGGAGGGCUCCAUCACGGACUUGCCCUCGAAGCUCAAGUCUUCCAAGUUCAGCCACAUCAUGACAGUUCAGGCUUGGGUCCACGUGCACUCAGACCUGGACGCAGUCCUCGCCGAGGCCAGAAGCGUGCUGGAGCCGGGCGGCUUGGUCGUCGUCGAGGACUUCUGCUCGAACGACCAGGGCAUUGUCACCGAGCAGGUGCCGCCCUUGACCGG